AUGCAGCAACAGCCUGUCCGAGCGACACUCUCGUGUAGUUCCUGUCGUCAACGAAACAAUUGCGUCGCCAGAAAUGUGCCCUGUCAAUACGCUCCAUGGCCUCGAGGUCGCGCGGCUGCGCAUAGGAAGGACAACAGACAGACAGAUCUGAACGAUCGAGUGCGCCAUCUCGAGACACUUCUUGGGUCUAUUGUCUCCCAACUUCCCUCUCAACAGGGCUCCUCUUCUGGCUCACCGAGUAUCAAGAGCCCUGCGAGCACAUACAUCACGAAUCAGGGGUCUCUGCAGUCUUCUGGUAGCGACAGUACUGAGGUCAAGCCUGGUCGGUUGAUGGCGAAUCCAAAUGAGACAAUUUACGUCUCCAGUAGUCAUUGGUCGGCCAUUUGCCAUGAGUUGACCAACAAUCUCCAGGUUGAACAUAUCCGCGAGCAUCUUGACGAGACCAACGAGUCUACUGAUCUGGGCAUCACGGACCAAGCCCAGAGUCAGGUGCCCAUGCUUCUGGGCCCUGGAAGAUUGACGCCAAGUCUGGAAGAAGUUUUGGCAGAUGUCCCCCCGAAACACAUCACAGACAGAAUUGUGUCGCGGUAUUUCAACGCCACUGAGCCUUCCAUCAUGAUCACACACACUGGCGAGUUCCAAAUUGAGUACAAACGCUUUUGGAACGACCCCAAUUCUGUAUCCGUUCAAUGGAUUGGCAUGCUGUUCGGUGUUCUAGCCACGGGAACCUUCUUGUAUAUCCGCUCUCAAGACGAGCUUCCCGAAGGUCUCGGCGCGCCAAUGGAAGUUGCAGAAGGCUUCCACCGACGCUGCACAGACUGUCUUCUGAUUUCCAAGUACUCUACAGCGCCAGGUAGGUAUACACUCGAAACUAUGCUGUUCAAUAUCCAUGGAGAGUUCGUUCGUCGUCGCGACGCACACCUUGGUGUCUGGAUUCUCACCGGUAUUGUCAUCCGGCUGGCCAUGAGAAUGGGUUAUCAUCGUGAUCCAGACAGUUACCCGCGUAUCUCUCCUUUCCAUGGAGAAAUGCGUCGUCGUGUGUGGGGUGUCAUCCAGCAACUCGAUAUCUUGACAUCUUGCCAACUGGGUCUCCCUUCACUCAUUCAGGAAUCACAGUGUGAUACGAAGUUACCGCGCAACAUCACUGAUGAUGACUUCGGGCCUGAUUCCACUCGACUCCCUCCACCUAGACCAGACACCCAAUUGACGCCUGUUUUGUACACCCGAGUCAAAGUUCGAAUGAUGACAAUCUAUCGAACCAUCUUCAAUCAAGUUUCCCUUGGAAAAACGGAAAAUUACGAGGAGAUCAUGGCUCUUGAUCAGAAGCUUCACCAGAUGCAUCAGUCUAUGCCGCCUUGCUUCCAGAUAGCCAAAUUGGAAGAUUGCAUCAUGGUCCAGCCAUACAUUCUCAUUCGGCGGUACAAUCUUGAACUACUCUUCCAAAAGGCCAGAUGUACACUGCAUCGUCACCACAUGACCAAGGCGUACCAGGAUAACAAGUAUGAUUACUCGCGAAAGACCUGUGUCGACUCAGCUAUGACUGUUCUAGGCCAUCAGGCCGCCAUCCUGAAAGAAGUCCAAGUCGGAGGACUUUUGUACAAGGAUAGAUGGUUCCUCACAUCACUCGAACGUCAUGACUUCUCACUUGCAUCUAUGGUCGUCUGUCUUGAGUUGAGCAAACAGCCCAAGCAUGAGAACCCGGAUCUUGUUGGAUACACUCGCGAGAACAUGAUCCAAGCACUUCGGACCUCGCAAGCAUUCUGGGCAGCGCUUAAGGCAGUCUCUUCGGAAGCACGACAAGCUCAUGAUAUGCUAACAGUGAUGUUGAAAGCUGUUUCCGUUGGUGAUGAGACAAAGCAAUCCCUUCCCGAUAUGAUGAGUGCUGAGAAGGGUUAUAUGCAAAACGGCAACGGAAAUACGAAUGGGCAUGCCGAUCCAAACGACACGCCAUUCCCGACAGAGUUCCAGGGUAUAGAGGCUAUGUUGAACAGCUCAGAUGCUGUUGACUGGGACAUGUGGGAGUCUCUUGUUCAUAUGCCUGACGAUUUUUCAAACUACGAGAUGUCCGAGGAGCCUUGA